AGACCCUUAGAAAGAAAGCGAAACAAACGAAAUUUCGCCCGGAGGAGCCUCGUCCCAUCUCAGCAGGUCAAGUCAUGUGCAGCAUCAUCUGCUUAACUUCACUGCUCCUCUUGACAGGUGCAGAGACCCUGAGUGUCAUCCAGCCACCAUUCGUCACAGCGGUCACUGGCAAAGACACCGUCCUGCCUUGUGUUUUUAACCCUGGAGAUGCAACAGUCAAACGCAGAAUCCCACAUUGGUAUUUUGGGGAAAGAAUCAACCGGACGGAUGUUUACCCAGAAAACAACUAUUCGUCCAGUCAUCACAAAGGAAGGGUCUACAUGGAAGAGGAAGAUGGGAACAACAGCAUUUCUCUCAGGAUUUUGGACGUCCACCCUGGAGAUCACAAUACGUAUUACUGCAUGAUGUCCUGCAUUGCGAACGACUUUCCUCAACGCCCCACUGGAAAUGGCACCUUACUCUUUGUUCAUGGGCACCUGAACCUCUCCGCGCCCAUGUACAGCCUGUACGACCAGAGCAUAAUCCUCUCCUGCAACGUCACGGUUGCAAAAUCCCAACAUGCUCAGCUCUUUUGGAUGCAAGGAACCACAGAGCUCUCGGAGGAAACUUCGGUACAGAGCAUUACCCGGCUUGAGAAUGGGAUGGAGGCCUUACAAAGUCAACUCACCACCGACUUUCCUAUCAUGCCGGUCACCUACACCUGUGUGCUGGCCUACAACUCUCAACACCACAUCAUUAAUGAAUCCGUCACUCUCAAUCCAGCAGAGGCUCCUGUGUUUUUGUAUACAGCGGUCAUUUUGAAAUCUCUCCUUAUACUUCUCAUUGUCCUUUGUGCAAUUGUGAAAGAGCGAAGAAGUUCCGGUUUGUAAGUCUACUCCCCUCUCAUGAGUGAACCCCAGGAGCUGCAUAUGACCAAAUUACCUUGAGGACAAAGUCCACACACAGCCUUACCACACCGGCUGUCUGGUCCUUUGAUUGCAUUGUCCAGGGUCUCGAAGAUGUGCCUGUUUGGAGUCGAAAACACCUACAGUGUGCCCCCCGCCCCAGUGGUGAGGACUUUGAACUGUACAGCAUACGGCAAAUCCUAUGGCCAAAGGUUUGUGGACAUCUGACCAUCACACCUAUUUGAGCUGGUUGGACCUCCCAUUUCAAAACCAAGGGCAUUAAUAUGGAGAUGCCCACCUCACACCAUAACAACCUUCAAUCUUCUUUCCAUAAGAUUUUGGAGUACGUCCCUGGGAAUUUGUGUCCAUUCGGCCAAAAGAGCAUUUGUGAAGUCAGGCCCUGAUGUUGGGUGAGAAGGCCUGCUCACAACUGGAGCUCCAGUUCAUCCCAAAAGUGUUCAGUAGGGUUGAGGUCAGGGCUUGUGUGCAGGCCACUUAUGUCUUGAUGGACCACAGGGCAUAGUCAUGCUGGAAUAGAAAAGGGUCUUCACAAGCCGUUGAUACAAAAUUGGAAGUGGACAAUUGUCUAAGAUGUCGUUGUCUGCUGUAGCAUUAAGAGAACCCUUCACUGGAACCAAAGGCUCCAGCCCCAACCCUGACAGUAUUCCAACUUCAAACAAACAUGACAGUAGGCAUUAUGCAGUCCAGAAGGUAAUGUUCUCCUGCCAUCUACCAAACUCAGAUUGGUCCAUCAGACCAGUAGAUAGUGAAGACAACUCCAGAGAACACGUUUCCACAGCACCACCGUCCAGUAGUGGGCGAUGUGCCUUAAGACCACUCCAGACGAUGCUUGGCAUUGUAGGCAGUGAUCAUAGGCUUGGCUGUGAAGCUCCUGAUGCACAGUUCUUGUGCUGAUGUUGCUUCCAGAGGCGGUUUGCCACUUGGUUGUGAGUGGUGCAUCACACAGGAGUGGCCAUUUUUCCAUGCAUCAGCAUUCGGUGGCCAUACUUUGUGAGUUUCACGGUGUACCACUUGAUGGCUGAGCUGCUGUUGCUCCAUUGAUGCUACCACUUCACAAUAAUAGCAGUAACAGCUGACCAGGGGGAAGAUCUAACAGAACAGAAGUUUCCAGUAUCGACCUGUGGCAAAGGUGGCAUCCUGUGACAGGCCUAUGUUUAAAGUCACUAAGCUCUUCGGUACGACUCGAUGUUUGUUAGUGGAGAUAGCAUGGAUAUGUACUGAAUUUGUGCCCCUGUUAAAAACGAAGCACCUGAACUCUGCCAUUCGGAGGGAUGUCCACAUACUUUUGGCCAUGAAUUACAGCUGUUUGUGUCCCCUCCACUAAGUUCCAGCAUUUAUUUGAGAAAUUUGCUUUAUUAUCUGGGCUUCCGUUGUAGAAAAAUAGAAACAAUUGGAAUGAAUCUGUAAAGCAGUGUGAGAUGAUAUCCACAUACAUUCUUAUUAGCUGCGCUUCACAUCUAAGAUGGGUUGAAAUCUAAAUAAUCAACGUAGACCUCAGUAUUAAUAUUUGCAGUGAACAAUCUAUUGGAAUUAUUUUGUAAUCCUUGUAGUAAAAAAAAUGCACUGCACUUACCAUUCCAAGAAAGGACACACCACAAAUAGUUGUAAUAAAAUUAAUAACUAUAAAUGUUUGUGAUACACCAUCUGUUGGAAUGACAAAUGCAUUCCACAUG